AUUUUCAACUUCCGACCAAAAAUAAUGGAUAGAUUUUUUCAUAAUUUCGCUAAAGAUUGUUUCAAAAUUUAAUAAUCGCAUUGCAAAAUCGCGUAGGCGGGUAGAAGUGAAAUCGCUAGAAUUUUCGCAUCGCAUUUGGCAAAUUAGGAUAAAACCUUAUAUUUUAAAUUUGAUAUAAACCUCAAAUUGGGCGCCAUGACAGACAUUUAACUUGCUGGGCCAACAUCAAAAAGCGUUUGAAAAACGAACGGGUCGCGUUCUACGGCUGUUUGAUUCGUUUGAGGUUGAGUUCUUGACAUCCAUCAUGCCUGAAAUUGGAUUCCUGGAACUGGUGCGCCUCAACAAGCUGGGCUACCGGUUCUACACCAUCAAAAACUUCUCCAAGGCCAGCGAGUGUUUCAUCAUGGUGUACAAGAUAUCCCUCCGCGGCGACUACAACAAGCCGAAGACUGAGGACUUUGAAAAGAAGUGGAAAGAGUUCAUCAUCUCCAAUUUGUACAUGGCGGCAAAGUGCUACACCCGCAUGGGCAAGCUUCUGGAAAUGGUGAACGUAUGCCGCAAGAUCAAUGAAAUGCGUCCGAUUCACAUCUUUGAUUAUGCCUGCCAGUUUUACAAGAUAGGGCAAGAGGAAGAGCUGAAGGACAUUAAGGGAGAAACUCCGGACGAGUAUCCGUUCAGCAAGUGCAGCAACCCACUCAAUGUGGACUUCUUUGCUGGGCUCGAAACCCCUAAUGGGGAGUUCCAGUGCUUCUAAGCUUUUUAAAAGCUUGGAAUAUCGGUGUUGUCCUUGUCUCUUGUUUUUUUUUUAUGUAUGUCGAUGUCUGUCGAGUUUCUUUUUGUUAGAUUUCUGUUUAUGAUCACAUUUGGACUCAGUAAGAUUUGAAAUAACAUAGUAUACAAAACAAUACUGGAUAAAGGCCUAAUUUAGGAAAUAGUUAAAGUUAAAUUCAUAUCAACAUUUUAGAAAUUAAACCAAACCAUAUGGGACGAAAAUAAUUUCAAUAGACAAAAUUUCGAAACAAAAAAAAAAGAAAUUAAAAUGACAGUAAUUUGAUACAGAUAAACAGAUUUUGUAACAUUCAAAAACAUUGGCAAAUCACAAAAUCUAAAUUUCCGGAUAACCUGCUUAAUGAAAAAACAACGAACUAUUUUUCUGCCAAAA